CAACUGGCGUCUUUUAUCGCUAGAAUACCUGUCCUUCUUGUUGUCCUUCAUAGCUAUCGCGACAAACCAUUGAAACACCACAUUGUCGCUGCUCAAGACUCAUUACUACAUCCCCUCCUUGCGACUUCCAUUCCAGUUUCCAGUCACUCCUUUGUACCAAUAUUGCGCUGGAACGCCUGUUUAUGUCUUGUCCAACAAUUCUGCCACGACUCACGACUGCCUACGGCUUCUUCUCUACCCAUUCCCAUUUCCCUCCCACUAUCUUCCGCGAGAGUCCCGCACGCAGUAGCCUCUAUUAAUCACGCCAACAUACGCCGGUCAAGAUGUUUUGGCGCUUUGGAGGCUACUCCAACAUCUCGACCAUCGACACUUUACUAGACAAGCCCGAUGUCAAGCUCGAAGACCUGCUUGAAGAUCCCGAUCUCGCACAGGAACUCAAGUCCCACCACACCAAAUUAAUCGAAUUUCUAAGAGACGAGAAUAAUCUCCAUUCCCUGCUUCACUAUGUUGUGGCCCCCGGACCCUCCGUGGAGUCGGAGGAUGAUGACUUUGAAGAGAAAGACAAAGCCUCACAGCCCACCGAAGACGACGACGACGAGACCGAAAAGCUUCCAGACGAAGAGCAAGAGAAGGCCGAGAAAAGACGCUUGAAAUUUGCCUUCAUGGCAUGUGAAAUUCUUUCGUCUGAGACUUGGUCCAUUACUGAAUCUUUGAUGUCAAAUACCCCAUAUCUUACCGAGUUUUGGGAGUUCAUGCGAUUGCCUGCGCCAUUGGACCCUCUUCAGGCCGGCUACUUCACCAAAGUCAAUGAGAACCUACUCGAGAAGAAAACAGAGGAGAUGCUCGACUUUUUCAAGUCUCUUCCUGGCAUUGUCCCGGCCAUGUUACAGCAUGUAGACUGUCCCAUGGUCAUGGAUCUACUCUUGAAGAUUAUAAGUUUGGAAAAGUCCGAUGGUGGAAUGGGAAUUGUCGAUUGGUUGCACGGCCAGGACCUGAUCCCUAUGCUAGUCGCCAACCUUGCCCCCGAGUGCAACUCUUCCACCCAAACUUCCGCUGGUGAUUUCCUCAAGGCCAUCAUUACCAUCUCGGCAAACGCUGCUCAGAACGAGCAGUCUUGCAUUGGGCCCAACUCUCUGACUCGUCAAUUGGUAUCAGAAAAGUCUAUCACUCAACUUGUCUCGUACAUGCUCCAGGGCGGAAACCCUCUGACAGUCGGCGUUGGCAUUGUCAUUGAGGUGAUCCGAAAGAACAAUUCCGAUUAUGAUCCGGACCAAGGCCACCACCAGGACACACCACCUACCAAUCAUGAUCCUAUCUACCUGGGAACGCUAUUACGCCUCUUUGCUCAAAAUGUUCCGAAUUUCAUGGAUCUCAUUCUCAGCUCCAAACACACAGUCACCAAAGGCGAAGAGAUGAGUGUAGUUGAAAGAGGUCAUCUCAAGUCUGCCUGGGGUACUCAAAUCGAGCCCCUUGGGUUCGACAGAUUCAAGACUUGCGAGCUGAUGGCAGAGCUCCUUCACUGCAGCAACAUGGGCCUGCUGAACGAGCGAGGAAGUGAGGAAUAUAUUCGAGAGCGAGAUGCAGAACGGGAGCUUUUACGUGCUCAAGGUGCUUUUGCGUCUCCCAAGCAAUCUGACGACUCGACCAUUGAUAUUUCAGCCGCUUCGUCGAGGUUUGAAAAUGCAUUCACGCCCUCUGUCACAGCAUCGACCGAGGAACUCCGCAUCGCCAAUAACAUUGAAGAAGAUGGUUUCGAGAAGGUCGCAGUGUCGGAGGCAUUGGACACUUCGCCAAGGGUCCUAAAGUCCCAGCGUGACCUUGUCGACGAGCCAUUAUCACCCACACAUCCUAAGGAUCGGUCAAUUCCCACCAUCGAGUUGGAUGAAACCGUCCGCCGUCUCAGCCUCGAUGCCCCUGAAGACAUUGAUAUGACUUCACCGCCGGCUGAACCUGAAGCAAGCACUUCAAGCUCAGACCGUGAUGCAGCUCCCAACACACCCGAAAAGCUCACGUCUUUUUCCAAUAGUCAGGACCCGGACAGAACUCCUACUGCUAACAGCCCGGAACUACUAUCAAGCCCUACAGUGAUGAGGAAUGUAUCGGAGGAUGCAGCUCAAAGCACCCAGCUAGAAGGAGAUUCAUUCCAGACUGCCCAGGAUGAUUCGACCCAGGUGAUUCAACUAACACGCACGGGUGAGGACGAAACUCCGGUGGUUGGCGACUAUCUCAAGAUGAUGUUUGUCGAGCACAGAGUCGUGCCGACUAUCCUGAGUUUCUUUUUCCGGUUUCCAUGGAACAAUUUCUUGCAUAAUGUCGUGUAUGAUGUGGUGCAACAGGUGUUCAACGGCCCGAUGGACCGAGGUCACAAUAGAUAUCUUGCAUUUGAUCUCUUUGAAACCGGGAAUAUCACCGACGAAAUCAUCGAGGGUCAACGCCGAAGUGAUGAAGCACAAGAAACCAAGAACAUGCGCUUAGGGUACAUGGGACAUCUCACGCUGGUGGCAGAAGAAGUUGUCAAAUUCGGCGAACGCCACCCUCGCGAGUUGCUUUCCCCCACCGUGCAGGAUUGCAUUUACUCUCAGGUGUGGGAGGACUAUGUGACAAAGACAUUGGCAGAAACCCGAGAACGAGAUAAUGCUAUUCUCGGUGGUUUCCGACCUGACAAUGGACUAGGUCCUCGGCAAGCAGUGCUGAAUGCCGUGAACGCGGGACAAGGCUUUGGCGGGUCCAGUGGAUUGGCGGGAGUCGGACUUGGUGGCGGUCAACAUGCUUUGGAUAGCAUAGAUCUGUCCAAUAACGGAAGUGCGACCAGUGCAGGAUAUACCUCUGCAGGGUCUCUUUCGAGUGGCUUUGGCAGUUCGUCGGACGAUGAGGAUGAAGAAAUGGACGAUGCAGAGGAUGACGAACACGGGAGAACUGUUGCUCAAAUGUCCUCUGCAGAGACCGAUCUUGCAUCGGAGAAUGUGAGUUCGACCAGUACAAUGCGGCGCUUUUUUGUUUUUUAGGCUAAUAAACUGGCAUCACAGUCGGAUCAGCCAGUGCCAUUACUGCCACCUCCUCCAGCACCACUUAACAUUGAGCCGUCACGUGCACGCAGGCGACUGGCCGACCGUUUAGCGAGACGGAAGCAGCAAGAUGCAGACGCCGGAUCAACCACAGCCGAGUUCGGUUCGGAAGCCGACGAUCCAUUCGCUGCCUUUGGGAAUCGUGACGGACAAGAUGCGUCUGAUCCAUUCUCAUUGGACGAAGAAGAACAAGACAUCACCAGCUUUGGCAAGCGAAGCAAUGUUCAGUCGAGCUCGCAGUCAUCUAACGACCACCAUGCGUUUUCCGUGAGCCGGGGCUUGGCCAGUCUUUUCUCUUCAGGGUCUGGCCGAGGCCAUUCCAACAACGAUGAUCUCGAUGAAUCUUUGGAUGAUUCGUCAUCUGAAGGAUCUGGGUCAGACAUGGACCCAGAAAAUCCUCCCCUCGAAGCGAGGAGAAGCCUCGAGCGACGGCCCCUUGAUGUGGACGACGAUGAAGAAAUGGGAGAAAUGGUUGGGCCCACGGAAGACAGUAGCAACAGCUCCGACGAGGAAGUGUUGAGUCCGAUGGAGAGGGAGAAAUUGGGAGCGCCGUUUGGGAUGAGCGAUGCGGAUGAGCAGGGCUCUGAAUUCUCCGGCCAAGCCGACAAUGACGACGAUGACGACGACGAUAGUGAUCAAUUGGUUGAGAUUGCCAUGCCAGCAAACUCGAAGAGAAGAUCACGAGGUUGAGUCUAGGAGACUGGAGCUGGUGCAAAGCAUAUUAUGGUGUGACGAGGUUGAUGAGGUUGAUGAGGUGUAUGUAAGGCUGAGAGAAUAACCCCCAACGCAGCACAAGAAGUCCUGGAACCGACGAUACCAACCCAACCUACCUAUUGGGGACGACAAGGACGAAAACGAGACAAGGCAUAGUAGUGGAAGGGGAGGUGGGUGUAAUGACGACCAUAAAUGGGAAUGGAAUGGGAAUGGGAAUGGGAUUCCCUUUCCCACUGUACAAACACCACACCUUUUUGAUACCCAUACAAAGACAGGCUUUCGACAUGGACAUUGACAUGGACAUGCACAGAGAGCAUCUAUCAAUUUUCCCAGCUGCGAGUAUCCUCGAGAGCCACGGACUCGGGGGAAAUUGGGAUGAGAGUUUGAACCAAUAAUUUAAACCCUUGUCUUCGUUCCAGACGAUGAUAGUAUUGUCUACUAGUAGGAUACUAGCUACAGGAUGUUUUAUAGGUCCCAUGUAGAGAUUAUCUCCAAUGAGAUGAGGUAGCUACGGUAGUUAGUGAGAGGGG